AUGUGCGGCAUCUUCUUCUCCCUCAGCCGCCAUGGCUACGUGGCACCAGACGACAACACUGCGACACGCUUACAUAACCGAGGCCCUGAUCACACGGGCCUGCACCAAGUAGUCCUCUCACCGCAACAACACCAUGCAACCUUCUUGUCCACGGUGCUGUCCCUGCGAGGCACGUCACUCGUGCCCCAGCCAUUGCUAGACAAAGUUGCUGGCUCUGUGCUUUGCUGGAACGGCGAGGCUUGGUCGAUUCAUGGACACGCCGUUGCAGGCAACGACGCCGAGCUCGUCUUCGACCUUCUGCUCAAGACGUGUGCGUCUACCAGCUCACCAUCGGAUGCCACCGCUUCGGUGCUUCAGCUUCUGUCUGCCAUAAGAGGUCCCUACGCCAUCGUCUUCUUCGAUGCUGUAAACAGGCGCAUCUUCUAUGGAAGAGACUGCCUUGGGCGACGUUCGCUGCUGAAAAAGUCCACAACAGACGGCACCCUUGUCUUGUCGAGUGUGUGCGACAACGCCACAGGUGACGCGUGGGCUGAGGUGGAAGCCGACGGUGUCUACGUCAUGGACUUGACCUCACCAAACCAACACAACAUAACCCAUAUCCCCCAUACUCGCAUCGGAGAGCCCGCAACCUCACCUCUUUCAUUGGCCUUGCCCUUUCCACCCAUGAACCGCCAGAUUCCAACAUGUACCGCUGAAGCCGACUACCGAAGCCUGCAUCCAUUCAAAGCAUCCCUGCUCCAAUCUUUGGAAGCUCGCACCCAGCACGUCCGGGAAGCCGUAAGCCCUGCACCGGAAUCCCCUAACCACGCAGCCAAAGUGGCCGUCUUGUUUUCUGGCGGCCUCGACUGCACCAUCCUCGCACGACUCUGCCACGAUCUGCUUCCCCUUGACCAAGCCAUUGACUUGCUCAACGUCGCUUUUGAGAACCCGCGCAUACACAGCAAGCUUGAACCUGGCACCAGCCCUUACGAGCUCUGUCCAGAUCGCAUCACAGGACGCUCGUCACAUGCUGAGCUCAAGCAGGUCUGUCCAGGCCGCACGUGGAGGUUUGUCCCAGUCAACGUGCCGUACACAGAAACAGUGGCACACCGUACGACGGUCAUGGCGCUCAUGCACCCCCACAACACCGAGAUGGACCUCUCCAUAUCGUACGCUCUCUACUUCGCCUCGCGUGGAAAUGGCGUCGUCUCUUCCCCGACUGACGGCGCGACCAAGCCUUACACAACCCCUGCAUGUGUGCUGCUCUCUGGCCUCGGCGCAGACGAGCUAUUCGGUGGCUAUCAGCGCCACGCAACCGCUUUCUCCCGCCACGGCUACCAGGGCCUCAUCCAAGAGCUCGAGCUGGACUUCGACCGCCUUGGCAAGCGCAACCUCGGACGAGACGACCGCGUCAUCAGCGACUCUCGGAAAGAGGUGCGCUUUCCGUUCCUCGAUGAGGACUUGAUCGCCCUAGCGCUCCGCCUCUCGGUCGCCGACAAGUGCGACUUUGGCCAGCCAGAGUACCGGCCUUCAGACGAUCCGUCGCUGGUCAUCGAACCUGCCAAGCGCAUACUGAGGAUCCUUGCCUAUCAGCUCGGCAUGAAGCGCGUUGCGACAGAGAAGAAGCGCGCUAUCCAGUUCGGCGCGCGGACUGCAAAAAUGGAGACCGGCAGAACCAAGGGGACGCAUGUCCUGACAUGA